CCACACCCAAUAAACCAACCAUGAGGCAUCCAAAAUCCACCAUUUUCCGAUCUCUUCUUCUAUCCCUCUUCUUUCUUCUCUCCCCACCAGCCCUCAGCGGUUCAGAUAUCAUCACCGAGAGCUCAUUUCUCAACCAUAUAUGCAUAAGCUUCGACAACUUCACCGCCGGCACCCCCUACGCUUCCAACUUGAACCAAGCCUUCGACCAAUUGACCACCACUGCCCCUCCCUCCGGCUUCGCCCUCGCCUCCGCCGGCAAAGACCCACAAAACCAAGUCAACGGGCUCGCCCUCUGCCGCGGCGACGUCUCCCCCGCCGACUGCAAAAACUGCGUCACCACGGCCGCCCAAGAGAUCCAAGUGCGGUGCCCCUACAGGAAAGGCGCGGCCAUAUGGUACGAUUUCUGCCUCUUGAAAUAUUCCAACGCCAAGUUCUUUGGGAAGAUUGACAACAGAAACAAGUUCUACAUGUGGAACGUGCAAGAAACCGACAACGAUCGGACGUCGUUUAACGAACAAGUCAAGAGCUUGCUGACGGAUUUGGCUGAAAAAGUUGUGAGUACGCAGAAGUUGUAUGUGAUUGGGGAGGUGGAGAUGAAAAAGUUGAAAACUUUGGAGAAGUUGUAUGGGUUGGUUCAAUGCAGUAGAGAUCUGUCGAGUGGUGCGUGCAAGAAGUGCCUUGAGAUCGCCAUUGGUGAGCUUCCCAGCUGUUGUGAUGCUAAAAUUGGUGGACGAGUUGUUGGUGGGAGUUGUAACUUUAGAUAUGAACUUUACCCCAUUGUUGAUGCUCAAAAGUAAAUUACUUUUUCUAUCAUGCAAAAAAUAUAAUAAAAGACGAGCUGGGUUCAUACUCAUAUGGCAAAAGCUCAGUCACAAGUUAGAUUAUGAAUUUGGUGUCUCAACGAGAUCACUAUCUGUAUUUACACAACGAUAUGAUGUUGUCCAUUGACAUAA